GUCCAAGCCCAAGAACAGCGGAGGAGUUUCGGGCCAACCGACCCUCCUCGCAUCGGCGGGGCUUGUGAUCUUGAUAUAAAAGGGUAAAACCCUUCUGCCUUGGGUGCCGCGGUGGGGGCUGGAACUGCGAGCAUGGAUUCCGCGAUAGCCCAGAAAAGAUGGGAAUUAGAGAACAACAUCCUGACAGUGGACACGCCAGACCCUUCAUCGGACUCGAUAUUCUUCUACGACGAGGCCGCUCAAGCCAAGUUCCAACAAGAGAAGCCUUGGGCGAAUGAUCCCCACUACUUCAAGCGCGUUAAGAUCUCUGCCCUCGCUCUACUCAAGAUGGUUGUCCACGCCCGAUCUGGUGGCACCAUCGAGGUCAUGGGCCUGAUGCAAGGCAAGACCGACGGCGACGCCAUCAUUGUCAUGGACGCCUUUGCUCUGCCUGUUGAAGGGACGGAGACUAGGGUUAAUGCUCAGGCUGAUGCCUAUGAGUAUAUGGUUGAUUAUUCCCAGACCAACAAGCAGGCUGGACGAUUGGAGAAUGUUGUUGGAUGGUACCACUCUCAUCCCGGGUAUGGAUGCUGGCUGUCUGGUAUUGAUGUUUCAACCCAAAUGCAAAACCAGCAGUUUCAGGAGCCCUUCCUGGCAGUUGUUAUUGAUCCAACAAGGACUGUUUCUGCUGGAAAAGUUGAGAUUGGAGCUUUCAGGGCAUACCCUCAAGGAUAUAAGCCUCCCGAUGAUCCUAUCUCUGAGUAUCAGACCAUUCCUCUGAAUAAGAUUGAAGACUUUGGUGUUCACUGUGAACAGUAUUAUUCAUUGGAUAUCACUUAUUUCAAGUCCUCUCUUGAUUGCCACCUCUUGGAUCUGCUAUGGAAUAAGUAUUGGGUAAAUACCCUUUCUUCUUCACCUCUCUUGGGCAGUGGAGAUUAUGUUGCAGGACAAAUUUCAGAUUUAGCUGAAAAGCUGGAGCAAGCAGAGAAUCAAUUGGCUCACUCUCGCAUUGGCCCACUAGGACCCCCUCGAAAGAAGGAGGAAGAAUCGCAGCUUGCUAAGAUUACUAGAGAUAGUGCAAAGAUAACUGUGGAGCAAGUCGAUGGUUUAAUGUCGCAGGUGACUAGCUGUUCCAGA